AUGGAUUUCUCAGAUAUUGCAAGCUAUUGUUGGUUUGAUGGUUGCCACCUCAAAGAACCAUAUGGAGGAAUGUUGCUUAGUGCUGUGGCUUUGGAUGGGAAUAACAGCAUAUUCCCUCUUGCAAUUGUUUUGGUUGAAUGUGAAAACAAAGAGACUUGUUCAUGGUUCUUUCAUUUCUUUGAAGAUUACUUUGGUCCAUUUGAUAACCAAUUGCCUCUAAUAUUUAUGAGUGAUAGACAAAAGGGUCUUAACUUAGCAUAUGAAGAACUGAUGCCAUACGCUGAUGCAAGAUACUACUGUAGGCACAUUCAGAGCAACUUUAAACUGUCCUUUUCAGGGUUGCUGCUUAAUAAUUACUUCUGGCAAGCAGCUAAGAGCUUUGAUGCAACUGGCCAUAAAGAGGCAAUGGAGAAAAUUAAAGAGAUAAACAUUGAAGUUUGGAAAUACUUGACAAAGAUACCACUAACAACUUGGGCAAGACACUCAUUUUCUUCUGCUAUAAAAUGUGAUUAUGUGACGAAUAACUUUAUCAAAUCUUUUAAUGCAUGGGUUGGUGAUCUGAGGGGGUUGCCUAUUCUUACAUUGCUUGAAGGUUUAAUGAGAAAAUUCAUGAAGAAACUAUACAAAAGAUUUCAUAAGAGCUGUACCUACACAAGUGUUGUGCCACCUAAGAUUGUGGAGAAAUUGGAAGAAAUUGCCACUCAAUCUUGA